UGUCCCUCUGAGCAGCCUCUCUCCUUCUACCAGGUCCUGGGCAGCACCAUCCGUCCAAAUGGGAGCUGAGUUUGCAAGCUGCCAGGGGCGGAGGGGCUGGUGCUGCUGAUGUCAGAGCGAGGAGACAGUUGUGAUUGGAUCUAAUUAGACUUUGCAGCAGCAAAUAGACAAGCUCCCUGCGUGAUUGGCUUCAAAGUGGCUGGUGCCAAACAACUAGCAGAGGUGCAAAAGUGGCAGCCCUGCGUUGGGAGCCCAGAUGAAGAGGCAGCCCGAGGAGAGCUCCGGGGCGCUCAGGACCUGCGGGCGCACCUUUCCCAGCGCUUCCUGCCCAAGGAGAGGUUCCGCGCUCCGACUCCCAUCGGAAGCUCUCACCCAGCUGGAACCAAGUGACAGAGAACAAGUAGCGAGAGCGCUCAGUUCUGGGUCCUAAAAAGUGAUCCUGCUCUCGGAUUUGCAGAGGCAGAAGCGCCGCGGCGGCGGCGACAGCCGGAGAAAGAAAGGUGAAAUUGCUUAAGGAGGAGCUCCUCUCCCGUUCUCCCGACUGGGUCUCAGCCAUGGCAUCCGUCCUGGGGAGCGGCAGAGGGUCUGGAGGGCUAAGUAAUCAACUCAAAUGCAAGUCCAAGCGGCGGCGGCGGAGGAGGUCCAAGAGGAAAGACAAAGUAAGCAUAUUGUCCACCUUCCUCGCUCCCUUCAAGUACCUGAGCCCCGGCACCACCAACACGGAGGACGAAGACAAUCUAAGUACCAGCAGCACUGAAGUGAAGGAAAACCGCAAUGUGAGCAACCUGGGAACCAGGCCCCUGCCGCCAGGGGACCGGGCCAGAGGAAGCACACCCAGCAUAAAAAGGAAAAGACCCCUGGAAGAAGGGAACGGGGGCCACUUCUGCAAACUCCAGCUGAUCUGGAAGAAGCUCUCAUGGUCCAUGACACCCAAGAACGCCCUGGUCCAGCUGCACGAGCUGAAGCCAGGCCUGCAGUACCGGAUAGUGUCCCAGACAGGCCCGGUGCAUGCCCCGGUCUUUGCAGUGGCUGUGGAAGUAAAUGGACUCACGUUUGAGGGCACAGGGCCCACCAAGAAGAAGGCCAAGAUGCGGGCAGCAGAGCUGGCACUGAAGUCCUUCGUGCAGUUCCCCAAUGCUUGCCAGGCCCACCUGGCCAUGGGCAGCGGCACAAGCCCAUGCACAGACUUCACCUCUGACCAGGCCGACUUCCCAGACACGCUGUUCAAGGAGUUUGAGCCAUCGGCACCCAGCGAGGACUUCCCAAACUGCCGCCCUGUGGACACCGAGCUGCUCUCCACAGCCUACCGGCAAGGGCGGCUACUCUGCCAUACUCUGGACCUCAUGGGCCAGGCCCGGCCGGACAGGGCCAGACCGGCCCCCGCAGCCCUGGGUGAGAGGAACCCAGUGGUAGUGCUGAACGAGCUGCGCUCUGGCCUGCGGUACGUGUGCCUCUCAGAGGUGGCGGAGAAGCCUCGCACCAAGAGCUUUGUCAUGGCCGUGUGCGUGGACGGGAGGACGUUCGAAGGCUCAGGACGCAGCAAGAAGCUGGCCAAGGGCCAGGCCGCACAGGCCGCCCUGCAGGCCCUCUUCGACAUCCGGCUUCCUGGCCACACCCCCAGCAGGAGUAAAAGUAACCUCUUGCCACAGGAAUUCGCCGACUCUGUGUCCCAGCUGGUCACGCAGAAGUUCCGUGAGCUGACGGUUGGCCUAACGUCUGUGCAUGCCCGCCACAAAGCACUAGCAGGCAUCGUCAUGACCAAAGGCUUGGACACCAGGCAGGCACAGGUCAUCGUCCUGUCCUCGGGCACCAAGUGCAUCAGUGGCGAGCACAUCAGCGACCAGGGCCUGGUGGUCAAUGACUGCCACGCGGAGAUCGUGGCCAGGAGGGCCUUCCUUCACUUCCUGUAUGCACAGCUGGAGCUGCACCUGAGCAAGCGACGAGAGGACUCGGAGCGAUCGAUAUUCGUGCGUUUAAAGGAGGGAGGCUACCGGCUUCGAGAAAAUAUUCUCUUCCAUCUCUAUGUGAGCACAUCCCCCUGCGGAGACGCGAGACUCAACUCUCCCUACGAAAUCACCACAGACCUGAACAGCAGCAAACACAUCGUCAGGAAGUUCCGCGGGCACCUGCGCACCAAGAUAGAGUCUGGGGAAGGCACAGUCCCCGUCCGGGGCCCCAGUGCAGUCCAGACGUGGGAUGGCAUCCUGCUGGGGGAACAGCUGGUCACCAUGUCCUGCACGGACAAGAUCGCCAGGUGGAACGUCCUGGGACUACAAGGAGCUCUCCUCUGUCACUUCAUCGAGCCUGUGUACCUCCACAGCAUCAUCGUGGGAAGCCUGCACCACACGGGACACCUCUCUCGGGUCAUGAGCCACAGGAUGGAGGACAUCGGCCAGCUGCCCACGUCAUACCGACACAACCGGCCUCUCCUCAGUGGAGUGAGUUAUGCAGAGGCCCGGCAGCCAGGGAAGUCGCCCCACUUCAGUGUGAACUGGGUCGUGGGCAACUCGGACCUGGAGAUUAUUAAUGCCACCACCGGCAGGAGGAGCUGCGGGGGCUCAUCCAGGCUCUGCAAGCACGUGUUCUCUGCCCGCUGGGCACGGCUGUAUGCUGAGCACAUGGACACCAAGCCAUGGAGACACGCCAUCCAUGUACUGUGAGGCCAAGCUGGGGGCUCACACCUACCAGUCUGUUAAACAACAGCUGUUUAAGGCUUUUCAGAAAGCCGGUCUGGGCACCUGGGUGAGGAAACCUCCGGAGCAAGACCAGUUCCUACUAACUCUCUGAGUCACUCUCUGACUCUUUUGCUACUGGACUGGAGUGAGAAACCUGGAGAGGAGGCAGCCACGUGUGGAGCCCUGUGGUGUGUCCAUCAGUUCUCAGCAUUCAUUUUCCCUCAGUGUUCCAGAAAUCACACAAGUGUACAAUGUGUGGAGGAGCUACUAGGUUUGAAUUUGGGACCUGUUGCUUCUCCCCAGGCUGCUAGCCUCCACGGUCCUGUCCAUCAUACCUGGAGGUUAAAGUGCCCUUGCUUGGCUUCAUCACUUCUUGGUGGUAUCAAAGGGGAAAAACCUCUAGUUGGGUGUGAGGAGCUUAGAUGCAGCCUUGAAAAGUGGUACUAAAGCGUGACUAGUUAGAAACAGCCUCCUACACCAACCCCUAAGCUUCCCUUCCCUUCUAUGAGCCUGUAUAAUGAUGUGUUUGGGUCUCAUUAGCACACGUUGAUGUGACACUUCAAGAUAAGCCAAGAGUAAAGAGAAAAGCCAUGGGCACCCCCAGCCCAAAGAAACCAAUAGGAAUGCUCAAUUAUUUUCAUUAUUCAUUUAGAUCUCUCCACUUCUUUCCCAAAAGGAUUUGAGUUGCACAAUAUCAGAGAACAACUAAAAUAAGACCAGAGAAAUGAAAACCAUUCUUGCCAUGCAGAGGAAUAGUAACCCUAGGCACCAGUGCUCUGCCACUGCGAUGCAAGAAAUCCAUUUCCACAGUCUUACUGAGUGCUGCAAACCAAGCUAUGCCUGCUCUGUCAAUCACAGCUCUUGGUAUCUUUUGGCAGGUAACAAUAGGCAUUGAAGUUUGAGUUGUAUCAUUGUCGGCCACCACCCUAUAAUUUCCCUACCAGGUAACAAGGAAACUGAGUCUUGGAUCAAAUCCGAAACAAAGUCCAAAAAAAGAAAAAAGUCAAAAUAAUCUUUAAGCUUGAAAAGCUACAACCUCUCUAUUCUUUCAGGUCCUCCAAUCACCUUCUUGCAUAACAAAAAAUAUCAACUUAUGACAGCUGCCAAAAUGCAAGAAGCCAAGUUCUAUCACAUUUAGGACAGGCAUCCAGGUUCAUGACUAUACACAGGACCAUUUAGCAUCAUUUGCUACGAGGAGAGGUGCUGCGUCCAUGCGAGAGCGAGGCCCUUCUCGAACAUGUCAGUAGUCAACCCACGUUCCUUGAGUUAUUAUUAUCUUACCAUGGAGAACUCAUUUCUAAUAUUCAUCAUGCUAGUUAACAAGUUUCUAAUUUCUCCAGUUAAAACAUUCCUAUCUGAAAUGCAUUGUGCUAAGUAACAAAGCAUAGAAGUAGCUACCUCUGGAGUAUGAGCUUCCUAGUUAGAAUUCCAGCCGACCACUCCCUAAGAGUGCAAGCAUUACAUCACACUGUAUAUACUCUAGCACAUAGUACAAAUAUCAUAGCAAUGAGGCAAAAAUGAAACAAACUGAGUUGUAGCUAUUUGAUACAAGAAAAUAAGAAGUAGAGAUAUUAGUAUGAAAAUAGAAACUCUUCGUGGGAUUUAAUAUGAGACCAAAUUUAUGGCUCAAGUCCUUUUAGAAAAGAAAAUGGAGUCGGCAGUAGACAACUACUUCAAGAUAAAGUUUUGAAAGUUAUGAACAUGAUUUUGCAAAUAGAUAAUUCGUGUUAAUCUUUCACAAAAAAAAUUAGAAAAUAAAAUGAAAUCUUUAUUCAGUGUACAGGCUGAGAUCAAAGGACCAGUUUAAAAUUUCUGAUCACCUGACGCAUCACUAGGAUGAUACCUAGAGAACCAAAAAGCCCUAAGGGCUGGUUUAUGACUUAGACACUGUCUCUCAACCAUCUGACAUCUGGAGCCUUUUUCCAAAAGUGGAGACCCCUUUAGUUCCUGGUUGAAAUCUGUGAGCCGAACCUCAAAUUCCUCAUAUUCUGAGUUGUUGUUUGAAGAAAGCAUACACACAUUAUAUCAACAUGCUCCAGACAGUGUUCUUGUACAAGAAGGAGAUUAGCAUUAACAGCAGGGUCUUCUCCAUGACAGGAAAGAGGCAGCAUAGGGCAUCCUACAAAUGGGCUCAUGGUGCCACCUGUAUGAUCUGAAGCAAAGAAUGUGGGAACUCCUGAACUGUAGCUAUGUAGCCAUGAUUCAUUUUGACCAGGGCACUGCUCUCCAGAAAUUACCCAAACUUUACUAAAACGCAAGCAUCUACUGAGGAAAGCUGGCCAGUGACUCCAUUCUCCUCAUCUUAGCAUUAGCAUAGCCACUUAUUAAGUCAACAGGAGACUCCUUGGAAGGAAAGAUGGAGGCUCUGCCAAAGUUUAUAGCAAGAGAAGAAUUUUUUAAUAACUUUAUUUUAUUUGUUCUUUUUUUUUUAAAUGUGCUGAGGAUCAAACCCAGUGUCUCACCAGUGCUAGGCAAGCGCUCUACCACUGAGUCACAACCCCAGCCCAAGUUGAAUUUUUAAUGCACAGAAAGUAAGCUUAGGAAUCAGUGUUUUUUGUAAGGAGUUAUCUGUGAAUGUGAAAUGGGGAGGGAAAUCUGGGACAAAGGAAGAAAGAAUCCCAGGCCCCAUAAGGAGAAAGGAGAAAGAAACUGUUGAGACCAGCAAGGUGAGCAACAGGUAGGGAAGCCAGGACUUAGGAAAAGAUGAUCUUCAAGGAAUGGGAAGAACAGAGGGGAGUUAAGGAGGGAAAGUGGAGAAUUGAAUCCUUCACGCUCUGAAGCAAUCCAAGUUAGGACCGCAUACAACGACCAGAUUAUGUCACAUGUAUGCUGCUCCUGACCCACAGAAGCCUGACCUAUCUGAGCGGUGGCCAGUCACAGGAUCCUGACACAGCAUCCAGUGUACCUGGAAGGGGUGGGUCAUGUCAGCUCUGAGACCAAAGAGCCAGUGCUAGACACCUAGGGAUUUCACUCCUCUGGUGUUUGGAACACCCCAUCGCAAAUUUUAAGCUAGGGUCAGGCUGCAUGGCGACUGCUGAGUGGAGUAGCUCACAGGGUUCUGUAAGGAGAAUCAAGCACAAAUAGGGGAGGAGUAACUUGGUCACCCUGAGGGGAAAAUAUAUAUAUAAAACCAAGCAAAACAAAAAGGAUAAAGGACAGAGACCCCCAGGCUUCUGUCACUUUGACCCUCUGUCCAUCUGAUUUGCCUCAAAACUAUCAUCCCCUUAUUUUUUUGUGUGCCUCAUGCCACAGAAAAGCUCAAAAUCCUUGGUUCUAAAGUUUUCUGUCUGCUGUAUUCAUACCCAUUUAGCACCACUACUAAAGUCCAAAUAAAAUCAGCAUCAUCUGUACCUGCCUCAAGACACACGCAAAGCAUGCUUUCCUACUGGGGAGAGAAGCAUCUAAGGUUUCCUGCCUGGUUCUGAGUCAAAAAGUCAGUGUCUGAUCAUUUGCAAGCUUUUCACAGGCCUGAGCUCUGGGAAAGGCCGAGUGGCUGUGCACACUCUUCUUGUCCACAAGGUUCACAACAAUGUAUAAUAUCAAGUUAUUGAAUUUAGGAUUUCCUUGGUUUUGGUUUUUGUCAACAAAAGGAUUUGCAAGCCUAUAACUAUUGUUUCCUUUUUAUUUCUGUGAUUCUCUUUAAACCUGUAUAUAUCUUCCAUUCCACUACUGAUUUUUGUGAUGUCCUCAGAAACAUCAAGCUAAGUUACUUUUCCAACAAACUCUUAGCUCAUAUUUUUCCACAUGAUUUCCUUUUCACAGGGAACUAUUCUUAUCAAUAAAGUUGAAUGCUUGUUUUUUCUUUUUUUUUUUUUUUUGGUUUAGCAUUUACCAUAUCUGGAGAGCCAUAAAUAGUAAAUACAUAGUAUAUCAAUGCCCAGAGUAGAAUAGUUAGAGUAUUUUGAUGAGAUCCUAUUUUUAGAUUAUAAAUUUCAAGAUGAACCUAUAGUAUCUUGUUUUAAAAAAAAAGACAAUUUAAACUUAAAUAUAGUAAACAUUUUUAAUUUAGGGAAGCUUAUAUACUCGUUUUUUAAGAAGCCAUUCUAAUAAAGUAACAUAAUUGGCCCAAAGUACAAUAAAUACCACUUUCUAACAGCAACCAAAGGGAAGGUAGAAAAAGUCUUUCUUUUUAUAUACUACCAUUUGACAACUCUUACCACUUCUUUUGGCAGAAGUCUCACGUGGCACUCAGCAAAAUCUGACAUACCUUUUUGCUGGUUUCUCUAUUGUCCUUCUCUAAUAGAGUCUGCAGAAUCCAGACUCUAGUCCAGGACUGGGAAACUUACUCUCCUGCACAUUUUGAGUUUUGCAGAGGUUACGCAGGAAAUGAUAUAGCACCCUGGGGCAGUUUUAUCUGGGACAAAUCCACCCCUCUGAGGUCUUGCUGGUAUUUGACGCCUGAGGGGCGGGACAGGAGGGCGUGGCGUGGAACGGAGGGAGCAGCCUUGGUGUGGGGGGACUUGCGCUGUCCGGGUCCUGACGCAUCACAGCCCCACUGCGGGACAGUCGGGACAGGGGACAGUCGUUUCUGGGAGCGCUGGGAGGUCAGUGACUCUUGUCGAACUUCUCUCACCAACUUUGAACCAGAUAAGAUAAAAUAUGGUGAGGUAAGCAGAAACAAAGAGAUGAUAGAUAAAGGCCACCUGAAGGGACACAGAGAACCAAGGAAGCUUUGUUGCGACAAAGUUUCUCCCACUCCUCAAUUCUGGGAAAACAGAGAACAAGGUGACCUUCGCUGCAGCUCUGCCUAUUCUCUCCCGCUCCUUCUUUUCCCCUUCUUACCGUCUUCCCUACUCAUAAAUUUCUGCUUCCUUUGUUCUGGUUCCCUGGGGUCCCCAAAUCCCAGGCACAUCUGCCCCGGAGCUGAUGCAUGCAAGCAGGUUGAUGCUCAGGUGAGGAUGCUCUCGUAACACCUUGACUACAGGGGUUUGCCACCAUCUUUUUAGACUCCUGGGAACAUGUCCAUUCAAUCUGUCCUCCCACCAAAAGGGACUGGGAUGGCCACAACUCUAGAAAUUUAGACCAAACAAAAUCAUCCUGCAGGGAAAGGUACACUGUACCAAACCCUGGUGAAAGAAAAAACGUAUUUCCCAGCUCAUCAUUUCAAACUCAGAUUUGGAGAGAUGAAGUAAACUUUCAAAAUGAAUAUAAAAUUACCUGGAUUCUAGUGCCUCUUUUCACACAGACACUAGAUUUCUAUCACUCUGCAGUAUAUGCAUCAAUUUAAGAAACCUUUCCCGGCAGUGCCCAAUUAAUUUUCAGCAUUUUUUUAAGCAAAAUGAACUUAAGAGUCAUUCUUAAUUGAAGGUUGUACAUACAAAGCAUGAUUGAAUGGCAAUAUUGUACCAAUGGAUGUACAUUUGUAAGAUUUGUAAAAAAUCCAAAACCUUAAAAUAUGAAUUUACAUAUGUUAAUUUGCCUCUAAGUUCUGUAAAUUGCAUUUCAGUGAUAUCUGAUAAGUGAAUGUUUCUGUUAAGUGAAUAAAAAUAUCAAGUAAAAUUGUUCUUUCCUGG